AUGGCUGGCACGCGAUCUGGUCCCGCGGAUCUAUCGGCGAAUGCGGUUCCGGGUCGCAGUGCAAGAGAAGGCGCAGGCUCGAGGGGAUUGCAGUAUGCGUCGGAGAAGGAGCAUGAAGAUGACGAGGAGGAGAACGAGGAGGACGAGGAGGAGGUAGAAGACGAGGAAGGGGAAGACGAGGAGGGGGACGGGGAGGGGGAGGCGGACGGUGAGGAGGACGAGGAUGAGGACAUGGUGGAGGGGGAGGCAGAUGCGGGGGACGAGGAUGAGGAGGGGGAGGAUGAGGAGGGGGGAGGGGACGGAGGUGAAGGCGAGGAGGGUGAUGAUGGAGAGGAGGAGGAGGAGGUGGAAGGGGACGAUGUCGAGGAGGAAGAAGAGGAGGAAGGUGCGGAGGAACGAAAAGGCGAGCGUGUGGGCGGAGGUGACGAAGAGCAAGAAAUCGAAGACGAAGCAGACGACGAGAAGGAGGUCGAAGAGCCAGAGGAGGAGGAGGUCGAGGAGGAAGUGGAGGAGGAGGAAGAAGAGGAGGAGGUGGAAGACGACGUGGAUGAGGAGGGGGACGAGGGUGCGGCUGGCGCAGGUCGCGCGGGGAGAGAGGGCGGGGCGGACGAGCAGGCAUCUGAAGACAUAGACGAGGACGAAGACGUAGACGGAAAUCAAGACGGAGACGAGGACGAGGAGGAAGGCGGGCGCGGGCGGGAGCACGCGCAAGGCUCGCGUCCGCGGGCUCAGGCGCACCCAGCGCACGGCAAGAAGCUGCUGGUGGCGGGCGUGGCGCGGCGCGGCAACAAGCUCGUGAUUUCCCGCCCGGGCAUCACCAGAGAGGCGGAUCGGCGGGAAGGGGACGCGCAAGGGGCUGGUAUGGCGGUCAAAGGGAGCGGGAGCGGGAGGUCUGGGGAGUAUGGUAGCGGGGAAGAGUCGGGGGAUGGGUCAAGCGGUGACGAGGUGGCGGACGAGUUGGCGGAAGACGAGGACGAGACAGAUCUGGGCGGCGGACUGGGCGCGGUCGCCGUUGGGCGCGCGGUUGGUGGCAGGGCGGACGAGCAGGAGGGGGGAGUUGAUGGGGAGGAGGAAGACGAAGAAGAGGAGGAAGAAGAGGAGGAGGAAGAGGAAGAAGAGGAGGACGAGGAGGAAGAAGAAGAAGAGGAGCUAGAGGGGGAAGGGGUUGCGGACGGAGAGGGAGAAGCAUCAGAAAAUGCGAAGCUUUUGUCUCAAGUGCUAGCAGACGAAGAUGUGGAUGUUGGGGUUGCGGAGGAUGAGGAAGGAGGGGAAUCCGGGGCGGGCGUAGGUGACAGUGACGAGUCGGACGACGAGGAACAGGCACAUGGGGACGGCGAGGCGGCGGAGAUAGCCGCAGAACAAGAGGAGGGAGAUGGAGACGCGGAGGAGGGGGAGGAGGAAGAGGAGGAGGCGGAAGAGGAGGAGGAGGAUGAGGAUGAGGAGGAGGAGGGGCGGGAGGGGGAGAAGGAAGCGGAAGAGGGGGACGAGGAGGAGGACGAGGAGGUGCAAGAGGGCGUACCAUCGCCUCUGAAGGCGGCAGAGCUGGAGCACAUGCCACUCAAGGAGUUACGGCUGUCGUCUCGCUCCCACAGCAAGCGGUCGUCACUGCCACCAAAGAAGUUUCGGUCCGAUGUCAUCAUGCUGCCGCUCUCCCAGUCGCCCACCGCCUCGCCCUCCCCCGCUGCACACCGCAAACUGCUCCUCCUCCCCCCCCGCCCCCCUGCGUCUAAUGACGGGGACGGGGCUGCCGAGCCUGGGCAGCAGGGUCGGCAGCUUCCGUCCGCGCCGCAGGGGUCGAAGCGGAGGCGCGGGGUAAGGCUGGCAGGGGGUGGGAGCAGAGCGCAUGGAGGAGGGGGGAAGGGGAGGCCGGAUGGAGAGGAGGAAGUGAGGGGAGGAGAGAGGAGGGGAGACGGGGAGGCCGAGGGAGAGGAAGAGGCUUUGCUGAUCCCAUCGGAAGUGCCUGCAGCAGCGUACAAGCAUGGGAUGCUUGUGUGGGCGAAGCUGCAGCCGGGACUGCCUUGGUGGCCGGGCCUGGUCCGCAAAGUGCAUGCUCAGACGCAUAAAGACGAGGGGGAGGAGGGGGGGAGAAAGGCGGCCACUGAAGGGGACUCACCUGAGGGUUCUCUGACGGUGGUGCUUGUGGGGGGAAAGGGCGAGGGGUGCGAUGGUGAUGGUGGUAGUGCGGAGGAGGAUGAGGUGGAGGAGACUAGUGAAGGUCUUAUGAAAAGGGAUGGUGAGAGGGCGAAUGUGAAGGAAGAGCGGGAGGAAGGGAAGGGAGAGCAGACUGGCGUAGAGGCGGCAGCAGCAGGAAAACAAGGCAUAGCAACGUUACAGGGGCGCAUUGGCAAGAGGGCCACAAUCUCAAGCGUGCUUGUCCUUCCCUUCGCGCCUGUUCGCACUCAGCUAGGCCAGCAGCGCAUGCCAUGUGUGUCUGGCCUGCGCUCUCUCUUCCGUGCAGCCCUCGCAUGGGCGGACGCACAUGCACAGCAGCACCCCGACACAGACGGAACGAGCCUGGCGGCACUGGUGGGAGCGCCAGGGCCGGCGCGCAGGAGUGGUGGCGCGAGGCUGGGGAACGAGGAGGUGGUGCUGCCGGUGGAAGGGGCACACGGGGCAACGUGGAGGGCGAGGAGACGCGAUGGGAAAGGGGAGUACACAGAGUGUUUCAAGUGCAAUGCACCGCUCUGCACCGCAUCACCGUCCGCGGCCUACCCAUCGGCAGCUGCUGCAGACCCGAAAGCUGUGAAGCGCGAGAGCAGGGAGGGGGGCGGUGGUGGUGCUGCUGGUGAUAACUCUGUCUUGCGCUGUGUGUGGUGCCCUCGUGUGUACCACACUGGCUGUGCUGAUGCGCCCAAGGAGAAGGCAAGGCCCGAAUGGCAGUGCAACAAGUGUAGGGCAGCAGCGGCGGAGAAGCAAGCACGAGCUGCUGUUGCUGCAGCUGGUACGGGUGCAAUGGAGCGGGAUGAGGGGAAGCGGGAAGGGAGAGAGAGGGAUGCGCAUGACAGGGAGAAUGGGAGGGAGUGGGAAAGGCAGGAGCGGAGGGAGCGGGGGGAUGAGGAGAGAGGGAGCGAGCAGGGUGUGAGAGGGAGUAAGAGGGGUUGGCAGCAGCAGCUGCUGCACGGGCAUCCGCUGUCCAAUCCGAGAACGUUCAAGCGUCGCAGGGUGAGCGACCUUCCACACCCCACCUCCUCUCCCCCGCCCGCCUCCCUCGCGGCUGCCCGUCGGGCAGGUGCAGGCCCCGGGCAGGCAGAUCCGGGCGGGCAGAAAUUCCUGGGGAGCACGAGGGAGAGGCGAAAGGCCCCCCGCACGAGCUGGUCCAGUCUGGCGGAGUCUGAUGAUAGUGACCAGGAGGAGAGGCCGGGUGGGGGGAAAGCGGAGGAGGCGGAGCAGCAGGAGGAGGAGGAGGAGGAGGAGGAGUGUGUGCGGUUGGAUGAAGACGAUGGGGGUGGAGAGGAGGACGAGGAGGGAGCAGAGGUAGUGGUGGCUUCAGAUGACAGUGCAGAGGACGGGGGUGCUGUGUGGGGGCGGUCAGGGCUGGAUUUGGAAGUUUCGAGGGACAAGGCGGGGAGGAAGGGGGUCGUGGGCGGGGGGAAGGCGGCUAGUGCAGGGCAGAAGGUGUCAGGGGGAGGCAGGAUGGCGGCGGUGGGCGGUGGGCGGAUGGAGAGGCGGAUUGAGAGCUUGGUGGGGGGGCUGGCGGAUGGGGGGAAGGGCCGGGUUGAUGCAGCGGAGGAUGAGGAGGCGUCGUGGGUGUGUGCGGUGUGUGGCGAUGCAGGGUACCUUCUCUGCUGCGACCUCUGCCCACGCCUCUACCAUCUCUUCUGCCUCACCCCGCCCCUCAAGGUACCCUCCUCACCCCUUCUUUUCCGGCUCCCCUCCGCUUGCCAUGCUUCGGCCUGUUCUUCUCCCUUUUCCCCUCAUCCUUCUUUGUUCCCCUCACAACCCCUUUCCAUCGUAUCUGCGAUUCGGGGCAAGCAGGAGGCUGGUACUGUCAAGAAGGCGGGGGAGGUGGAGGGGAGCGCUGAGGAGGGCAAGGGAGGGGGGAAAGAGGAGAAAAGGCGCCUCCUUACUGGUGCUGCGGAGAAUGUAGAAGGGGCGACAGACAUGGAGGAGCAGGAGGAGGAGGAGGAGGAGGUGGAUGUGGUCACGGUUGGUGUCGCUGAUGGCGAUGCUGGUGCUGGUGCUGGUGCUGAUGUGCAUGCGGCGGAGGUUGCACGGGUGAGAGCUAAAGCAGCAGCGAGUGGGAGUGCUGAAACUGGUGGUGUUGCCAUUGCUGGGCCUGAUGCUGGUUUGGCAGGGUUGGAUUUGAAGAAAGCAGGGAAAGAAGAAGGGGGAAAGGAGGAUGGAGGAGCAGCAGGUGACGGGGGAGAGGGGACGAGUGCACGGACGAGAGGCAAUGCGGGGAGGGGGUUGAAGGGGGAGACAGGGGCGAGAAUGGCUCGUGUUGGGGGCAGUGGUGCUCGUGCCACGUGGAUGGAUGGUCGUGGGGAGAGCCAUGGGAAGGAUGAGAGGGAGAAAGGGGAGGAGAAGGCGGAGAAGGAGGAGGAGAAGGUGGGGAAGGAGAAGGGUGAGAAGGACAUGAGUGAUGAGAAAGUUAAAGUGGAUGCUGGUGGGAAAGAAGGAGGCAAGUCGGGGAGUGGGGCCAAGGAGGGAGGGGAGGGGGAGAAAAAGGCAAAGGAUAUGGAUGGCGAAGAGAAGAGAAAGGAUGAGAAGGGAGGCAAGGAGUUGGCGAAGGCAGGAGAGACAAGCAGCAAGGAUGACGAGAAGGCUUCCGGCAAAGGCAAAGACGGGGACCAGAAGCAGCAAAAGAGCGGCGAGGAGAAGGGGAAAGAGAAGGAGGAGGAGGGAGACGAGGAGGAAGAGGAGGAGGAGGCUGUGGUGGAGUAUCUAGUAAAGUGGGCGGGGAAGGCGCAUGUGCACAACACGUGGCUUUCGGAGGAGCAGGUAGCAGCGCUGAACCAGCGCAAGCUGGACAACUACCGGCAGCGCCACGGGCGCGUGCCACUGUCUCUCAUGGAAGAGCAGUGGAACCACCCUCACCGCAUCAUCGCCCACCGCUUCCUCUCCAGCCCGCGCCUGCCAUCUAAAGCCAAAGGCGGGGGCCGGGCAGGGGCGAGUGCGGCUCGCGGAGGGAAAGGGGCGCAGCAGCAGCUGCAGAGGCAGCAGCGGGAGGUGCUGGUGAAGUGGUGCGGUCUACCAUACGAUGCAUGCACGUGGGAGGACGUGAACAGCCCUGCCAUUGUCACCAACCCCAAGGUCCUCCAAGCCUACGAGACCUUCGAGCGCAUGGCCAGGGCCCCACCCACCCCCUCUGUCCCGCGGAAACCCUCAGCCGUACCCGACCUGAAGGAGCAACCGAGUAACCUGGCAGGGAAGCUGUUCCCGCAUCAGCUAGAGGCCAUCAACUGGCUGCGCCGCUCGUGGGCGCGGCGUCGCAACGUCAUUCUGGCGGACGAGAUGGGGUUGGGGAAGACCAUAUCUGCGGCGUCGUACCUGUCGUGUGUGAAGACAGAGCUCAAGGUGCCCGGGCCGUGCCUCGUGCUCGUGCCGCUGUCCACCAUGCCCAACUGGUCUGCAGAGUUUGCAGUGUGGGCGCCGCACCUGAACCUCGUGGAGUAUCACGGCAGCGCCAAGGCGCGUGGGGUUAUCCGCGACUUUGAGUUCUUCGCUUCAGGAAAUGCAGACGGGGGCGGCGGCGGGGGUGGCGGGGGAAAAGCGAGCGGGGAGAAGUCGCGGGGGGCGGGGGGUGGGAACCGGCGGUACCGGUUCCACGUGAUGCUGACAACGUUUGAGAUGGUUCUGGCCGAUACAUCCGUGCUGCGCACGAUUCCGUGGGAGGUGCUGAUAGUGGACGAGGGGCACCGGCUGAAGAACAACGAGAGCAAGCUGUUCACGUUGCUCAACACCUUCUCCUUCAACCACCGCGUGCUGCUCACCGGCACGCCGCUGCAGAACAACGUGGGCGAGAUGUACAACCUCCUCUCCUUCCUGCACCCCUCGGACUUCCCGUCGCUGUCGGCGUUUAAAGAGAGGUUUGCGGCGAUGGACGCGGCGGGGCAGGUGGCGGAGGUGCAGCGCAUGGUGGCGCCGCACAUGCUGAGGCGCCUCAAGCGCGAGACGAUGAAGCACAUCCCGCCCAAGGAGGAGCGCGUCGUGCCCGUGGAGCUCUCCGUCGUGCAGGCGGAGUACUAUCGGGCGCUGCUGACGAAGAACUACCAGGUGUUGCGCACAGGCAAGGGCGGUCACCAGUCCAUGCUCAACAUCGUCAUGCAGCUGCGCAAGGUGUGCAACCACCCGUACCUGAUCCCAGGCACAGAGCCCGUGGUGGGAAGCAUGGAGUCGCUCCAGGCAGCGCGCGUGGCAGCAUCCGGCAAGCUACAGCUACUAGAUCGCAUGCUGGAGCGCCUGAGAGCGGCGGGGCACCGUGUGCUCAUCUUCUCCCAGAUGACUCGCCUGCUGGACAUUCUCGAGGAGUACCUGGCUGUGAAGUUUGGCCCCAGGACGUAUGAGCGCGUGGAUGGGAGUGUUGGCGUGGCGGAGCGACAAGUGGCCAUUGCAAGGUUUAAUAAGGACAUGUCGCGGUUUGUGUUCCUGCUAUCGACGCGGGCAUGUGGGCUGGGAAUCAACCUGGCGACGGCAGACACGGUCAUUAUCUACGACUCCGACUUCAACCCCCACGCUGACAUCCAGGUGCGCCCUCCCGCUCAUUCCUGCUCAACCGCCCAACCACCCGCUCAAUCGCUUGCCACGGUCGCGGGCUCGGAUGUGGGCAUCGCCCCUCCCCAUACCCCCCCAACCCCUCCCUCUCCUGCCCUUCUCCUCUCCUCACUUCCCCUCGCUGUCUCUCCUCCUCCCUGUCUCCCUUCUCACCUCGCCCCUCAUGCCUCCCCCUUUCCCCUCCACCGCCAGGCUAUGAAUCGAGCGCACCGCAUAGGGCAGUCGAAGCGGCUGCUGGUAUACCGUCUAGUUGUACGCGCGAGCGUGGAAGAGCGCAUCUUACAGCUCGCCAAGCGCAAGCUCCUCCUGGACCACCUCCUCUCCGCCUCCAACCCCGGCGGCGCCGGCGGCGCUGCUGCUGGUGGCGGCGGCAGCAAGUCGGGCAACAGUGGGAACGUGAAGGAUUUGCAGGAUAUUCUGCGGUGGGGGGCACAUGCGCUGUUUGCGGCCGAUGCUCCGGUGGAUGUGGAGGGCGGGGAGGAGGGGGAGAAGGGGGAAGGUGGGGAGGGGAAGGGGAAGGGUGACGGAGCAGGGAAGGAUGGGGUGAAAGAGGGUGGGGAGAAGGAGGAGGGGAAGGAGGAGGAAGGGGAGGGAGGCGAGGGGCAGGUGAGGAGGAGUAGGCGGGUGUUGGGGCAGAGUGGCAAGGAGGAGAAAGCAGGGGAGGAGAAGGGCAAGGAGGGGGACAGCGAUGAGGUGGAAGAAGUGAAGGGAGGAGGGGAUGGGAAACCUGACGCCAGUGCGGCCGCAGCAGAGGCAGUGGCGGCAGCAGGAGGAGGAACGUUUGAUAUUGGAGAGCACAAGAAGGGGCGCAAGGACCGGAGCAGUCUAGGGAACGUGUAUGGUGACACGUGUCACGAGGGCGGGCGGCGCCGACUGCAAUGGGACGAGUCGGCAAUCUCAAGGCUGCUGUGCCGCACAGUGGCCGAGGGGGCGCAUGGGGAGGAGGAGGCCGGGGAACCACUGCUGGGAUCCAUCAAGGCGUGGGCAUUUGAGGAGGCGGAUGAGGAGGUGGAGGAGGAAGCGGGUGAGGAGGAGAGGGUGGUAGAGGUGGAGGGGGAGGAGGGGGGUGAGGAGUCGGUGGCAGCGGGAGCGGCAGCGGGCAAGAAGGGCAAGGGGCACAAGGAGCACAAGGACGAGGAGGACGCGUGUGGCGAGUGGGAGAGGCUGCUCAAGAACCGGUGGGAGCAGAUGCAGGUGGAGACGAGUGCGCUGCUGGGGCGCGGCAAGCGCACGCGGCGGCCAGUGUCGUACAACGAGCAGGGCAUCGUGGCCGCCAUGGCUGCUGCUGACGCCGCUGCACUAGCUGCUGCUGCUGCUGCCUCUAAGGAGGAGCAUGAGGAGGAGGAGGAGCCAGCAAGAGAGCUAUCAGCAGCUGGAAAGGCACAUAGAGAGAAAUGGCUGAAGCUGAGGCAGCGUCAGAAGGAGCGCAUAGCCAACCGAGGCAAGACGCCUCCCCCCAAGCCAAGAACCACCCAUGCCUCUUCCAAACGGCCGCAUCACCCAUCAGCCACUCACACCGCCUCAACCCCCUCCCAUGCGGCCGGCAAGCCAGGCUUAGCUGGUCACGCACACAAGGGAGCAGUGGCAGGAGCAGGAGGAGCAGGGGCAGCUGGCAAGUCUGGCACUGGACCUGCUGCUGCAGGCGCAGCAGCAACAGCAGCAGCAGGAGCAGGAGGAGCAGCGGGAGCAAGCGGAGCGAGUGGGAGUGCAAGUGGGGUGAUGGGCAUGGAUGUCAGGAGGGAGUCUCACAUGGUGGGCAAGGUGCCGGCUGAAUGGUUCUGGAAUCACCCCGGCGCUGCUGGUGCCGGCAAGCCCGGCACAGCCACCACAGGAGGAGCAGCAGCAGGGCAAUGGCGUGCAGGGGGGGCGAGUGGGGCAGGGAACGGCACAGGGCAGGGGGGAGCAGGGGGCAUGGCGCAUGCAGGCAUGGGAAGAGCUGGGGAGAAGUCCGAGCCUCGACUGUUCAGUCCGAACCAGCAUCUUGGGCUCGGGAAGUCAAGCAUGGGUGGAGGUACGGCGGGGGCAGGAGCAGGGACACGGGCAGGAGCAGGGGCAGGAGGGGCGGGUCAAAACUCUUCCACAGGGGGCCCUCAACGUCUGUAUGUCGACUCCUCGUCUCUCUCCUUCCUUCCCCGCCCCCCGGUUCUGCGGAAUUACGGGGGUGAUGCGGCGGGGGCAGGCGUGCCGAAUCCGGCUCUUUCGGCUGCUGCUGCACAUGCAGCAGCAGCAGCAGCGGCGGCGGCGGCUGCAGCAGGCAGUGCGCGCGGAGGCAGCAAUGGGGCGCAUGCAGCAGGGAAAGCCGGUGGAGGAGGUGGAGAGGGUGGUGGGAAUAGUCCCGGUGCUGCUGGUGCACCCGGGGCCAUGGGCAGCAGCACAGCAGCAGGCAUGGCAAGCGCGUCGUCCCCCCAGCAGCAGUCCACUGGCAAGGCGCCUCUCCUCUUCCUCCCCAACUUCCCCAGCUUCCCCUACCCGCACCUGCCGCCCUUCUCCCGCACGCCUGGGCAGCAGUCCACGUCCGUGCAGCCGCCUCCUCUGCCGUCCUUUGCUCACAUGCCCACUCAUGACCAAUCGGGGAUCAUGGGCGGUGUGGGUCCCGGUGGGAAGGGUAUUUGGAUGAAUCCACAGCCGCAGCAACAACAACAACAGCAGCAGUACCAGCAGCAGCAGUACCAGCAGCAGCAGCAGCAGCAGCAGCAGCAGCAGCAGCAGCAACAGCAGCAGCAUGGCGCACAGGUGGCAGGAAAAGGGGGACCGUUGAAGUCCCCCCCUCCUGAGGCAACUCGAGGGUCAGCAGCGGGGAAGGCAGAGGAGCACAGGCAGGCCAAAGGGCAGAAGCUCACAGAUAAGCAGAGUCAAAAAGACACCCCAAAGGAAGGCCAGAGAGGCAAGGAAGGCGAGCAGACAGGGCCGCAACAGCAGCAGCAACAACAACAGCAGGGCAGUGGUGGUACUGCUGGUGACAGCAGCAGCGGCGCAGCAAUCAACGUGGAGAAGCUGAGGUACCAGAACGUGUCGUUCCCCCAGCGCAUAUACACCGUGAUUGGGGUCCCCAUAGGGCCCAGAGAUGCGGAUAUGCGUGCAGCGAAUGGGUUGGGUAAGGCAAGUGCGGAAGAGAGGGACCCGAGGGAACAGCGUGAAGGGGCGGCUGUAGCACGUGACGCAGGUGCUGCUGGGAGGUCGGGUGCAGGGAAGGAAGGGAGACGAGGUGGGGAGGAGCGAAGCGCACAGGCGAAGGGAGGGUACCGGGACUGGCUGGUGGAAGGGACGGAAGCAGCAGCAGCUGCAGCAGGAGAAGCAAGGGAUAAGGACAGACGAGUUAGCGCUGCUGGUGCUGGUGGCGAGAAGGCAGCGCUCGGGAAGGAAGUGGAGCAAGGGAGCAGGGCAGCAGGUGCAGGAAGGCAGUGGGGUGAGGAGGAGCUGGAUGCGUUGUGGAUGGGUGUGAGGUGGUAUGGGCGAGGGCAAUGGAAGGCUAUUCUGAAAGACAGAAAGCUGAAGAUGAGAGAUGGGCGGACAGUGGCGGAGGUAGAGGAGAGGUGGGCUGAAGAAGAGAGGAGGGUUCUGGGGUGGACUGUGGCUGAGCAAGAAAGGAGAGGGGAGAGGGAGAGAGGGAAGAAGCGAGAGGGGAAAGAGUUGGAGGUUGGGGAGGAGGAAGCAGAUGACGUUAUAAUGCUGGGGGCUGAUGAGGUGCAUAGGGAGAGGAGCAGGCGAGGGGGGGGCGUUUCUGGAAAGGGGCGAGAUGUGCAGAGGAGGGAUGGUAAGAGGAAGGUUGGCGAGAUGGAAGUGGAGGGGGGGGACGGCAGGGAGAGUGGGGAGGAUGAAAGGGAGUGUGUGGUAGGGAAGAGGGCACGGGGAGAGGGGCAGGGGGAAGGGAGAGGGGUGAGGUCCAAUGAGGGGGUGGCAGUGAGUGAGGGGGGUUAUGAGAAAGAAAAGGGUGGAGAGAGGAGGAAGGAGAGAGUAGUGGGAUCAGCCGAAUGUGCAGAAAAACAAGAGCAUGGUGGGUUUGGGGGUGCAAGAGAGCAAGUUGCAAGCAAGCAAGAUGCAGGGGGAAAGAGCGGAGUAGGGGACAUGAGUAUUGCUGGUGCUGGUGCUGGUGCUGGCGCCAUUGUUCCUUAUAGCGAGAGCAGGGAGGGCGGGGAGAGGGAGAGAGGGGUAGCAAGCAAGGGGAAGGGUGUAGGUGCGGUCAGGCAGGGUGGAGUGGAAAGGGUGACUAGCAGUGAAGGGGGACUGUACGCCAGGGAUGACAUUGGGAUGAUCGAGGAAGAGGAGGAAGAUGAUGUUCAAGUCAUCCCACCGUUCGGGCCCUCUGCUCCUGGAUCUGCCGCUGCUGCUGGUACUGAUGGUGCUGCUGCAGCUGCUGCUACUGCCACUGCUGCCAGUGACAGGAAAGGCAGGGAGGCACAGGAGGCAGGGAAGGGGGGAUGGGGCACAGAGGAUAGGGCACAGCAGUCCCAGGCACAUGUCUCACGAGGGGUCACUUCACCGCAUGGCACCACUUUGCACUCCUCGUCUCAUCACCUCCUCUCCUCUCCCAAGCUUUCCUCUCCUCUCUCCGUGCCGCAUCACAGCGCCAACCAGACUGCCGGCCCCCUUCUGUCACCUCUUCUGUCCCUUCCUGCUGUGCCCUCGCCCUCACAAACUCCCCUAACACCCUUGGACUCUAAGCAGCAGCAGCAGCAACAGCAGCCUAGCUCUCCCAUGCCCCCAUCUGCCAAGGUAGAGCAUGCAGAUGUGCCAGGGCGGGCAGUGAGCCACGCACCCAUUGCAUCCCUCGCUCCCAAUCUCUUUGGUCCCUCCAAGAUCUCCACACUCAUUACCUCUCCACCAGCCCCCAAGCCCCCCCAUUCAAUGCAACCACCCAGUUCUGCUGCCACUGCCACGCCGACCAUGCCCACCGCUUUCCCUCCCGCUUCCGCUCUAGCCCCACCACUCUCCACCGCAAUCACUUCUCACUCCUCCAGGCCCGCAUCCGGUCCGCUUGCCCCAGUGCCUGCAGGUUACUCCUUCCUCCCUCCUCCCCGCCGCUCCUCUGGCCCUGCGCGUCCCAUCGCCUCAUCUCAGCUCACGGCCAUAUCAGUGGCAUCCAGGCAUCUCGCUGCUGAGUCCACGCCAGUGCUGCCGAGAGCUGCUUAUGUGGCGCCGCUUGAUUGGUCGCCGCGCCCGCUGCCGAGAAUCCGGAAGAUGAAAAAGUUCUGGAAGCUUCAGAGAAGCCGCGCUGCUGCUGGAGCGGCAGCUGUUGUGGCUUCAGGUGAAGCAAGGGGAAAUGGAGUGAGCACUUCAAGGCAGGGAUUGGGUGGGGGGGACCUUAUUCCUGUACAUCCUGCUGGUGCUGAUGCUGCACCAGCAGCAUCUACACCACUGACUGGAUCAGCAAUACCCCCUGCUUAUGCAAAUGUGGCACGUGAUCAACAACAAUGA